AUGGAGACGCGACAAAAAUUGGUCACUGCGAUUUUAGUGGGAAUUAUUUUAAGUGCCGGUCGGGUUCGCUGUCAAAUGGAGAAUUUUUUGUCAAAGGAGGAAUUUGAAUAUCCAGGAAUUUAUCAAAACAUCCUGCAGAGUAUCUUCAAGGAAUUUCAAUUUAAUUCCCUGGUGUGUGUGCAAGGACUGGAAGCCUCAGGCCAUCUGGCUUUGGAGCUGCUACACCGAUUUGAUGUGCCAAAAAUUAUUUGUACCCGUGAGGCCAGAACAUUUUUAUAUAAGGAUUUUUAUAAUUCGGAAAUUUUAAUGGUGCUGCUGUUCACAUUUCAAUUGGAUACAGAGACCUUGCUGAAAUCGGCCGAGAUAUUGGAUUAUAUGCGCCAAAGUAGACUACUGAUAUUGGCAGAGAAUAUUUUGAGUCCGGAGGAGUUCAGAGAGGAUUUACGAGGCCUCUGUGCGCAAUAUAAAAUGACAAAUGUUUUCCUCAUGCUUACAGAGGAACAAAAUCCUGAGAACCCCUUAUUUUGGAGCCUGCGAAAUUAUCCCGAAUUUUAUUGGCAAGAAUGGCGGCAAGCUCCUCCCGCACAGGUUAUCCCCUAUUAUCCCAUUCAAUGGUAUGAUUUUCAAAAUAUCAGCCUGCGGACCUAUGUGGAUCAGGAUUCCGCCCGAACUUUUGUCUACAAAGAUGCGAAGGGUGAAAUCCGCAUGAAUGGUUUUGUGGCCAAAUUUAUUAUACUCUUCGCCCAGACCCAUAAUGCCUCGUUGGAAAUGCCCUAUCCCCUACAGGUAGGCAAGGAGACGCACUUUACGAUUAUCAAUCAAAUGGUGGCGGAUAAUGAAUUAGACCUACCUAUGGCCAUGAUCCCUGGCAUGUAUUCCUCCGAGUGGCGUGAUGUAUCCGAUACCUAUGAUUUAAAUCAAAUAAUUUUAAUGGUCCCGCUGAGCCAUAAAUUCUCAAUGCAGGAGAUUUUCGGUCUGCUGCUGAAUGCCCAUUUCUUUUGUUGCUUCCUGGUAUCCUGCUUCGUGUUGACCUUCUGUCAUGGCUUCAUUGAACAUUGGCGGGGCAAAGAAGCCGCACACUUUUGGGAUUGGCUAAUAACGGAACGUGUCUGGCCAGGUUUGCUGGGCCAGUCAUUUGGUGGACCCUCCAAUUCCAUGGCAAGCCUGAAAAUAAUCUACCUAACAAUUGGCCUGACCGGUCUAUAUAUGGCCACACGAUUUUCGGCCAACAUGAAUAUGUACAUCAACAAGCCACCCUAUCAUCCGCAGAUACGAAAUUACGACGAUUUACGUGAGUCGAAAUUGAAAAUUCUCAUCGAUGUGGCCGAUUCGCGGGACUCAGAAGACCUGCGGGAAUUUAUUGUCUACACCACGAACACCACCUAUCUGCAUGAGAAUCGCCGCAAAUUGAAUGCCUCCUAUUGUUAUUAUGCCACCACGGCCACCUAUCAGGUCCUACUGCGUCAACAGAGGUAUAGCUCUCACUUCGUGUUUCACACCCCCAAAUCUAUGGCCUAUUUUAGUAUGCUGCCAUGGGGAUUCCGAUUGCAGCAUAACUCUCCUUACCGGGAGGCCCUCAACGAAUUCAUACACAACGUGCAUUCGGCGGGUCUGAUCCAUGCCUGGCAUGAUAGCCUAUUUUGGGAUAUGCUGAAAUUGAAAAAGGUCUCAAUACACUAUAAGCCUCAGGGUGAUGAGCAAAGGGUGCUCACGGCCUCAGAUCUCUUUUGGGUUUGGAUGGUCAUUCCCAUGGGUUUGAGUGGUAGUUUUUUGGUUUUCCUCUUGGAGGUACUGUGGGGCAGGAAGAAGGUGUUCAAACGUAAAAUAAGUUUGCCGCAAUAA